AUGGCGCAAAGGCAACCACAGCAGAACAGGAGCAGCAGCGAAGACGCGACGAUGGCAGCGGGCAGUGCGGUGAAGGUGCGCUGGGGUGCGCUGGCCACGGUCGUGGCGGUGGUGGUGCUUGUGGCUCUGAUGAGCAGCGGUGGCAGCAACACCGACGACAGCGCGCAUCACGCGGGAUCACGCGUGCACGAGCGGGGUGGAGACUCGGCCUCUUACGUGCACCUGAACAAGGGCGCCGUUCCACUGAGCAACAAGGGUGACGGUACCGGCAACAAUGCAGCUGCAGCACAAGCCCGCGCCGGCGAAACAACACCAUCUGCACAGGAGGAGGAGCAGCAGCCUGAAGCUUGCGACUGCUCGUCCAGUGAGGCUUGCGCGUAUGGGAAGCUGAUGUCGAUGGAGCCAAGCCAGUGCUGUGAAUGCGUCAACGUGCCACAGGCCCCAGAGGAGUUUUCCGUGCUCAUGAAGACAACAAAGGGUGACAUUACGCUUCGCAUCCACCGCGAAUGGUCCCCACUCGGCGCCGAUCGCUUCUACGAACUCGUACAGCUCGGGUUUUGCGAGCCGACGGCGACAUCGAUCAAGGGCCUGUCCAUCUUCCGCGUCGUCAAGCGAUUCGUCGUGCAGUUUGGCAUCCACGGCGAUCCAAAG